AGGAGGGGCUGACCCAAGACCCAGGCAGAGGAGCAGGAUGGAGGGGCCCGUGUUAACGCUGGGGCUGCUGGCUGCCCUGGUCGUGUGUGGCAGCUGGGGCCUGAACGAGGAGGAGCGGCUGAUCCGGCACCUGUUUGAGGAGAAGCUCUACGACAAGGAGCUGCGGCCCACGGCGCACAAAGAGGAGACCGUGGAGGUCACCCUGGCCCUCACUCUCUCCAACCUCAUCUCCCUGAAAGAAGUUGAAGAGACCCUCACCACUAACGUGUGGAUUGAGCACGGCUGGACAGACAGUCGGCUGAAGUGGAAUGCCAAAGAUUUUGGGAACAUCAGCGUCCUGCGUCUGCCCUCUGACAUGGUGUGGCUCCCAGAGAUAGUGCUGGAGAACAACAACGACGGCUCCUUCCAGAUUUCCUACUCCUGCAAUGUGCUCAUCUACCCCUCAGGCUACGUGUACUGGCUGCCGCCCGCCAUCUUCCGCUCCUCCUGCCCCAUCUCCGUCACCUACUUCCCCUUCGACUGGCAGAACUGCUCCCUCAAGUUCAGUUCCCUCAAGUACACGGCCAAGGAGGUCACCCUGAGGCUGAAGCAGGAUGAAGAAGCUGGCCGCCCCUACCCCGUGGAGUGGGUCAUCAUCGACCCCGAGGGCUUCACAGAGAACGGGGAGUGGGAGAUAGUGCACCGGCCGGCCAGGAUCAACGUGGACCCCAGCGCCUCACUGGACAGUCCCAGCCGCCAGGACGUCACCUUCUACCUCAUCAUCCGCCGCAAGCCGCUCUUCUACGCCAUCAACAUCCUGGUACCCUGCGUGCUCAUCUCCUUCAUGAUCAACCUGGUCUUCUACCUGCCGGCGGACUGUGGCGAGAAGACAUCAAUGGCCAUCUCGGUGCUCCUGGCCCAGUCUGUCUUCCUGCUGCUAAUCUCCAAGAGGCUGCCAGCCACAUCCAUGGCCAUCCCCCUCAUCGGCAAGUUCCUGCUCUUUGGCAUGGUGCUGGUGACCAUGGUCGUGGUGAUCUGUGUCAUCGUACUGAACGUCCACUUCCGCACACCCAGCACCCACGUGCUGUCUGAGGGAGUCAAGAAGCUCUUCCUGGAGACCCUGCCUGAGGUCCUGCACAUGUCCCGUCCGGCAGAGGAUGGGCCCAGCCCUGGGACCCUGAUCCGGAGGAGCAGCUCCCUGGGCUACAUCUCCAAGGCAGAGGAGUACUUCUCGCUGAAGUCCCGAAGUGACCUCAUGUUUGAGAAGCAGUCAGAGCGUCAUGGGCUGGCCCGGCGCCUCACCACCGCACGUCGGCCCCCAGGAGGCUCUGAGCAGGACCAGCAGGAGCUCUUCAGUGAGCUGAAGCCAGCUGUGGACGGGGCCAACUUCAUCGUCAGCCACAUGAAGGACCAGAACAAUUACAACGAGGAGAAGGACUGCUGGAAUCGGAUAGCCCGCACAGUGGACCGACUCUGCCUGUUUGUGGUGACACCCAUCAUGGUGGUGGGCACAGCCUGGAUCUUCCUGCAGGGCGCCUACAACCAGCCUCCACCUCAGCCUUUCCCUGGGGACCCCUUCUCCUACCGGGAGCAGGACAAGCGCUUCAUCUAGAGUGGGCCUGCCCUCCCCGGCCUGGCCCAACAACCAGGGCAGGCGGUUGGCCUGAAAGGGAUGUACAGGAGGUGGGGUGGAUAGCUGUGUGGACAGGGGUGUCUGGGAAACAACCAGCUCUUCCCGGGCAGACCAAUUCCCAGCCCUGAGACUUUGAGCCCCGUUGGUCCUGCCAGGCUGGGGCAGAGAUGAGCUGAGGUCAAGGGAGGGAGGGGGAAGCCCUGAUUCUCAACAGUGGUUCCUUUGCAAAUAAAGCCAGGAGCCACCGGAGAAGG